AUGUCAUUAAGAGGGCCGAGGUCGCCUCAGCAGAGAGGCUUCCUGCCCAUCUCGGGCGACUCGAGCGUCACCGAGAUGCAGGACAUACCCCUGCACCCCGUCCGCACCAACGCAUCGACGGGCUCCCGGAGGGUCAACACCGACGGCAUGGACGAGAAGCACGCGCUCUUCUCCAAGGCGGUCGGCGGCCCCGCUGGCCGGCGGCGGCUGAGGCGGGACCUGCAGCGCGCCGGCUCGACGGGCAUGUCCGAGGAGGCGUCGCUCAACGCCAUGGGCCGCCUGUACAACAAGAUCGUCAACUUCUCGGUCGUGACGCGCUACCUCGUCUACGUCGUGCCCGUCGCCGUGCUGCUCGCCGUGCCCAUCAUCGUCUUCCCGCUCACGGGCGACAAGGACCGCGUCAGUCUCGGGGACGACCGCCGCCACAGCCUGUUCUUCCUCUUCGUCUGGAUCGAGAUCUCGUGGCUCGCCCUCUGGACGGGCAAGCUGGUCGCCCACUUCCUGCCCUUCAUCUUCAUGUUCUUCUGCGGCGUCAUCAGCUCCGGCACGCGCAAGUACGCCACCGUCCUGCGCGCCCUCGAGAUCCCGCUGUCGCUGUUCUUCUGGGGCCUGGCCUCGUGGCUGUCGUUCAAGUUCAUGUUCGAGGGCACCCGGCGGUCGUGGGCCGACGUCAUCGAGCGCAUCGUGCUGUCGCUGUUCCUCUCCUCGGCCGUGCUGCUGGGCGAGAAGUUCAUCGUGCAGCUCAUCAGCAUCAGCUACCACCAGCGCUCGUUCGCGAACCGCAUCCACGACUCAAAGCGCGAGAUCUACCUCUUGGGACUGAUGUAUGAGGCCUCGCGGACGCUCUUCCCCAUGUACUGCGACGAGUUUGCCGACGAGGACUACAUCAUCGCCGACAGCAUCGACCUGCUGCUCACCGGCGGCAAGGGGGCCGGCGGCAAGCCGGGCGCCGCGGCCAAGCCGAUGCGGUUGGUGGGCGAGGUGGGCCGUCUGGGCGACAAGAUCACGUCCGUCUUUGGCAACAUCGCGUCCGAGAUCACGGGCAAGCAGGUCUUCAACCCCAACUCGGCCCACUCGGUCGUGGUCGAGGCGCUCGAGAAGGUGCGCAGCUCCGAGGCCAUGGCGCGUCGCAUCUGGAUGUCGUUUGUCGUCGAGGGCCAGGACGCGCUCUCGCUGGACGACAUCGUCGAGGUCAUGGGCCCCGCGCACCGCGAAGAAGCCGAGGAGUGCUUCAACGCCAUCGACGCCGACCAGAACGGCGACAUCAGCCUGGACGAGAUGAUCCGCAAGGUGGUCGAGAUCGGAAAGGAGCGCAAAGCCAUCGCCAACAGCAUGAAGGACAUCAGCCAGGCGCUGCAGGUAUUCGACAAGGUCCUCCUCUUUGUUGUCCUGAUCAUCGUCAUCAUCAUCUUCCUGGCCGUCUUCCAGAGCAGCUUCAUCGCCACGCUGACGACGGCCGGAACCACGCUGCUCUCGCUCUCGUUCGUCUUUGCCGUCACAACCCAGGAGUUUCUGGGCUCCUGCAUCUUCCUUUUCGUCAAGCACCCGUACGACGUCGGCGACCGCGUCGACAUCCAGGGGCCCGAGAAGGAGCAGUUGCUGGUCGAGAAGAUCUCCCUUCUCUACACCGUCUUCACGCGCAUCGACAAGAUGCAAGUCGUGCAGGUUCCCAACAUUGUUCUCAACAACCUCUGGAUCGAGAACGUGACGCGGAGCAAGGCCAUGAAGGAGGUAAUCGAUGUCAACGUCGCGUUCGACACGUCGUUUGAGGACAUCGAGCUGCUGCGCGUCGAGAUGGAGAAUUUCGUGCGCGCGCCCGAGAACAGCCGCGACUUCCAGCCGGACAUUGCGAUCGGCGUGGGCGGCGUGGGCGACUGCGACAAGCUGACGCUCAAGAUCGCCAUCAAGCACAAGUCCAACUGGCACAACGAGGCCGUGCGCGCCACGCGCCGCUCCAAGUUCAUGUGCGCCCUCGCCCUGGCCCUCAAGCGCGUGCCCAUCAACGGCCCCGGCGGCGGUGGCGACGCCCUGGGCGGUCCCGCCAACCCUUCAUACAGCGUCGCCGUUUCGGAUGAGUUCGCCGCCGCCGCGCGCGAGAAGGCCGAGAAGGAAAGGGCGGCCAAGAAGCUGGCCACCUUGCUAGAAAACCCGGACCAGUCCGCCGCUACCGAAACCGCAGCCACCACCGCGGCCGAGCAGCGCGCAGCCGAGCACAUCAACACGAUCAACCCGGUAGUCGACGCCAUCGACGACUGGGGCUACGAACGAGACACCCUCCGCGACCAACCCCACCCCCACCACGCUUCUGGCGACCGCAACAGCAACAGCAACCUCGCCCGCGCCGCCACCUCGGCCACCUCUCGCUCCAACAUCCUCAGCCUCCGCGGCGAAUCCCAGCGCGGCCGCCGCAAGGCCGGCGAGACCCUCCCGCCGGGCGCGCUCGACGACAACAUGGACAUGCCGGCCGUGCAAGUGACGCGCAGCUCCAGCAGGGCGAGCAGCAGCAACAACAACAACAACAACAACAAUAACAACAAACUGUCCUUCGACGUGGAGCGACACGCCGGUAUCCCGCCCCCCGCCGGGUCGCCCUAUACCACCUGGGCGGCCUACAACAAUGCCCAGGCAGCGGGGGCCGGGGCAGGGGUAGGGUCGUCGUCCGCAGCCCCGAGUCCGAGUUCCGUGCCGAGUGAUGCCAGUCUCAACCCCAACCCCGCGCAGUCUGCCUACUACUAUGGGACAACAACAACAACAUCGUCUCCGCCGGCGCCGGCCGUGAUAGGCGGGCCGUCGCAUCUCAGUGUGCAGCAGCCGGGCGGCGUGCCGCCGAGAAAUGUGGUCGGGGCCAGGUCGAGAGGCCAGAGUGUGAGCCAGUCGCAGCAGGGGCAGCAAGGGGGUGGUGGUGGUGGUCCUGCUCAGGGCGGGGCUCAGGGUAGGUUUUAG